UACUGUGUCAUCAGUUGAUUGGUCUGCUGUUUAAUUGAGAUAGUAUCUACUACUUAUGAUGAAAGGGAGUAGGACUCUUUGAGUGUGAGAGUAUUAUGUGAGGCGUGGUGUAUAUACAUAUCCUGGGGACACACAGGUCAAACACUGUCUUCUAAAUUCCUUAAUCUGACUCAGACCUGGGAAAAGUUUAGUACAACUGUAAUACCUGUCCACUGUGUUACAUCAACAGUUUGCUGACCAGUAUGUGUGCUCUGUAGAGGUGUCAUUCUGUGGAGAUUAUUCUGUGUAUCUGUGUUGACUUCUCAUUGCUGUGAUAACCAUGGAAUCCCGGGAGUCAGUGAUGUACAAUGGACACUCUGAUUCUACCCCACACCCCGUACAUCUUACAACAAUCAACAACGCCCUCCCUCAGCAUGGAAUGUACCCCCCUGCCAGCCAGUCCCUGGCUAAUGGACAUUAUCCAUCCUCCACACAGUCACAGGAAGGGAUGUACACAUCCAAUGGAGUACAGUCUCACAAUGGCUUCUACCCUCCCACGACCCAGGCUGUGGAGUACCCCUUCUUUCCCCCUCCAUUCCUUGUGUCACAACCCCCAGGGAUGGAGAGAUUCCAGCCCCCUCAGUAUAAUGGGGACCAGUAUCCUCCAAUGAACUUUUAUCAGGCCCAGUCAACAGAUUUCCCUCCAACCAACAUAGACCAAGUUCAGGAAUAUAAGACUGAGCCAAAUUCCUUCCACAGAGAAGAGACUGAGAAUCACCCAGUCAUGUUUAAUGAGAAUCACCCACCUGAAAACCUGCACAAUGGAUCCGAGUCUUCAUACAGUGGUUCUCCAAACAGCAACGAGUCGCAGAACCACACAACAAGUUAUGUUCCUCGGGAAAUAGCUGACCAGAUGGAAUUUCAGCGAGCAAUCAUGUCCAACAAAGAAUCCAGGCGUGACAUGGCUCUGUCCAAUUCCACGGGUCCAGCAGAUGUUUUCUGCCUUGUGGAUGGGCGCCUAUCUCUUCUGAGUAGUACCUCCAAAUAUAAAGUAACUGUGGCUGAAAUUCAGCGAAGAUUGGGAGCACCUGAAUGUCUCAACGCCUCGUUGUUGGGUGGGGUUCUCAGAAGAGCCAAGUCAAAAGAUGGAGGAAAGAAUCUGCGCGAGAAACUCGACAAGAUUGGAUUAGCUUUACCAGCGGGAAGAAGGAAGUCCGCCCCUGUCACACUAAUGACAUCCCUAGUAGAAGGGGAGGCCAUUCGAAUGGCCCGUGAUUUUGGAUUUCUGUGUGAAACUGAAUUUCCUUCAAGACAAUGUGCCAAACAUAAUGUGAAUAAAUACCAAAGCAAUGUUCCAGAAGAGCAAAUGGCCAGAAAGAACAUGAUUGUUGCUUCCAAACAGAUCCUGAAAGAGUUUAUGGAUAUUCUGAAUCAAGACCGGUCCCCUAUUGGUAACUCCCGCCCACAGCCCGUCCUUGACCAAGAUGUUCAACACCCCUUGACCCGGUUUAGUCUGAUCUCUCACGGAUUCGGUUCACCGGCCAUCGUGGCAUCAUUAGCAACAGUGCAGACUUACCUCACAGAAAUGCUGAAACAGAUGGACAAAGGAUUCCACCUGGAGAAAGAAAAGUGAGAGACUUCCUCAGAGAGAGUGCUUCUUCUGCAUCAUUUUGUGUUCAAUGUCUGACAAUCUAGCAUGUAUUUAUAACAAGUACUGUUACAUCUAAAUACAGGUACUUUCAUUUUUAACAUAUUCUGAAAAUGUCAUUUGCAAUUGAAUCCAGUAAUAUAGGUAUACAACACUUGCAUAAUAUUAAUGUUCUAAACUUAGAAUGGGUUUGUCCAUGUCUUAAUCCAAUGUUUUGUAUAUUCUUUUUUACAUCAACUAGAUGUACAUUAACAUAUACACUGUGAUGUUUUUGUAUGUAUGUGUACAGAAUUUAUUCAAGUUUAAUUUUGUUAUUACAAAGGAUUGUCAUAAUACAUUUCAAAGUGUAUUCUACAUGUAAAAUUAAGUUAUGUAUGUACACAAGUGUUUUUCUACAAUGAUAUAUUUAUUUUGAUUUGA